CGUCGGCCUGCGUAGUGGCAAAGAACGAUUAGUAAAAAAUCCCCAAGGGGGCGGUGAAGCGCUACGGCGGAGCGUCUGGUCCACGAGGUCGCGCGGUCCCUCGGUCUUGUGGAAAGCUCUCUCCGACGCCCACCUUGAAGGAUCCAUUAAAGGCAGUCGGAAAUAUCUACACCUUCGGGACCCACGCCGGCUCGCGGCUCCCAGCUCAACCGUCUGGGAAGAAGGCCUGCGCAUCCGACACUGGGUAACUGGAAAUGUAAACAAGAAUAAGUUGUUUGUUUCCUGAUGGCUUUUGGUAGAUACUGACACAUUGUUUAUGAUGGCAUCCGAGACUGAGAAGACCCAUACUUUACUCCAGUCUUGUAGCACUGAAUCUCUUAUUUCCAGCCUUGGUCUGGGAAUAUUUUGUCUAGUAGCUGACAGACUUCUUCAGUUUUCUAUAAUUCAGCAAAAUGACUGGGUUCGUGCCCUCUCAGAUAAUGCGGUACAUUGUGUGAUUGGCAUGUGGUCGUGGGCAAUAGUCAUUGGAGUCAAGAAGAAGACUGACUUUGGAGAAAUCGUUUUAGCUGGAUUUUUAGCAUCUGUUAUUGAUGUCGACCACUUUCUUCUAGCUGGAUCCCUAUCUUUACAGGCUGCUCUGACUCUUCCAAGAAGACCUUUCCUUCACUGUUCUACUGUGAUACCCGUUGUGGUUCUGACCCUGAAGUUUACUGUGCACUUUUUCAAGCUCAAAGACUUGUGGUGCUUUCUUCCCUGGAUGUUAUUUAUAUCCUGGACCUCACACCAUAUCCGAGAUGGAAUUCGUCACGGCUUGUGGAUAUGCCCAUUUGGAAAAACUUCUCCUUUGCCAUUCUGGCUUUAUGUAAUAAUUACAUCAUCUUUACCUCACAUCUGUUCAUUCGUUAUGUAUUUAACAGGGACCAGACGAGCGAUGUCUUCAAAACACGGAAUUCAUAUUGAUGUCUGAGGUAGCCAUAUGGCAGUCUUAGAGAAGCAACUGAUUCAGACAUCGAUGAGUAAGGGUAGCCAACAUUAACGUGAAUUUUUAAAAACAUAUUAGCUCUUUAUAUUAAUGAUUAUAAUUCCUGAAUCCUCUUGCUUAGGAGGCAUGUACAAUUUUUAAAAAUUUUAUAUAUUUUUUGUAAUUCUAUUUCUCUCUUCUAUAAUACUCUAGUGCAAUAUUAGAGUUUCAUUUAUUCCAUGAUAUAUUUUUAAUGUUUCUUCUGUUGGUCUGGCUUUACUAACAGCUCUAUUAGAUUAACAUCCAUUAAGUUUUCUGGGAGUAAACCUUUAAGGUAGUGCAUUUCCUGAUGAAAAACUGCUCACAUUUUAGGGGGACUAAUUUGUGGAAAGUUAGCAUUAUAUUUGGAUCCACAUUUUCCUGAGAUACUGAAACAGUGAAAUGGCCAAAAUAAAUGAGGUCAUGAAUAAGAUGUAUAGUGAACACGAACAUUUCUUGAUUUCACCUAAGUUGAUCCUGACUGAAGUUUAAUUUGCCAAGUGCCUUAGUGAGUUGUGGUUACUAGCAGAAUCUACUUUGUUACACUUCUGAGAAAUCACUAUAAUAUUCAUAAAAGACAGUAACUAACAUUAUGUCUGCUUAUUGUUUCAGAAAUCAGUUUAGGAAAUAAUUACUGUAAUAUGUUGGCUAUAGUAACAUCUUACUCAAGUAUUAUUUUUUGAGUAUCUUUGCCCAAAAAUUGAAUGUUAGGGUUUUAACUGCUUUGAAAAACAUAACUAUAUUUAACAAAAUAUUUGUUAAAAAUUAACGUGAACAAAAUAUUGAUACUUGGCUCAUAAACAUAGAAUUUGAAUUCACACAAAAAAGGACGUACCAGUAACGUCAUUUCAAAUGUAAAUUCCUGAAUGUGCGAUUAAAAUUGUUUUAGUUGUUAUCAAUUUGUUUACACACUAUUGUAAAGUAUUAUACCAGUUAAAUAAUUUUUUAAAAAUCUGCCUGAUAAAAAACAUAUUUUUUCAAAAUAAAGUAAUUUUAGGAAAUUUGCUUUUUCCUUUGUUCUUUCAGAUUGAUCUUCUGUUAAAAGUGAUUAACCUUUAUUAGAGAAGGAAAAUUUAGUCACUGUGAAUUUUGCAUUUGCACAGGUUAAUGUUACUUUGAUAUAAAGGUCAAUGCCCCAAAGGCAUCUGCUUUUUUUGGUAGGAUGUGUGUUAUCUGCUGUCUUCAGAUUGUCUUACAUAUUUGAUUUGUAAUGCUGGUGGUUGUGUGCCCUAUUCUCUGAGAAAUGAUGAAGCAAUGGCUUAUCCACAGCAGAUUUUUCUUACUUAUUAAGUUAAACAGAGUUCUGUAAAUUGUUAUAAAAUUUCAAGCUCUAAUUUGGUUUAGUUUCUCUUUUUGUUGUUAACCAAUUGGUCUCAUUCCAUUUUAUUUUAUAAUCUGCUAGAUCUUAUAAUCUGUUAGUAUCUUUCUAGAGCAAUUAUUGUGUAAAUUUGGUUGUUUUAAUAGUAAAUAUUAUAUAAGUGGGUAAAUUUGAUUAAGUUAGGGAUUUUUA